AUGGAUGUCCAUAAGUUCGAUGCCUUCAGAAUUUACAAUUUUGAUGAGACAGGAAUAUCAAUGGUUCAGAAGCCAGGAAAAAUUUUAGCACCCAAAGGAGCUAAACACGUUGGCUCAGCAACAAGCUGGGAGCAUGGGAAAAAUAUUACAGUGUGUUGUGCAGUGAGUGCCAGUGGGGUAUAUGUGCCUCUAAUGUUUAUUUUUCCAAGGCUUAGGAUGACGCCGGCCCUACAGAAGGGAGGACCACCAAAUUCAAUAUACGAAAGUAACAAGAAUGGUUGGAUGACUGAGGAGCUUUUCCCAAAGUGGCUGAAACAUUUUGCUAACUUUACCAAAGCCUCUAAGGACCACACCAUUCUCUUGAUCAAUCACACUAGCCAUGUCUCUCUAGAAGCCUACAACUUUUGUAAAGACAAUGGAAUAGUAGUGGUAACACUGCCGCCUCACUGCUCACACAGGCUACAACCUUUGGAUGUGGCCUUUUUCAGUAGCCUAAAGGCUGCAUUUAAUCAAGAAUGUGACAGUUUUAUGAGGUCUAAUCCCCACCAGAAGAAAACUCCUUACGACAUUUGUCCUAUCUUUAGCAAAGCCUUCAUGAGGAUUGCUAACAUUGAGAAGGGUAUCUCUGGCUUUAGCAAAACAGGAAUUUUCCCUCUAAAUCCUUCCACAUUUAAUGACGAAGAUUUAAUGCGUGUGCACCCAGACAAAAAAAUAGGCCUAGCUUUACCCAUUGUUGGUGAUUUCAGCGCUAAUAAUGAUGAAAGUAGUGACACAGUUGUGCUCUGUUCUUCAAAGACAGCGACUGGUGUCCCUGAUGAUAGAGACAAAGCCUUUUGA